GGAAAGGUGCGCACAGUUCCAUCCUUGGAUAAUCUUUUCAUGGACUUUUUUGUUAGUUUUCUUUUCUUUUCUUUUAUGUGAUUUAUGCGAAUUUGAUCACUUUAGUUGCAGACACACAGGUUUUAGAGCAACUUGGCGCAGCUUAAGGGAACUUAAAUCGGAAAUGCAACUGCCAGUGAGGUGAAUUUCUUCAAGACCGAACGAGAAAUCAGCCGUCGUGGACUCAUAAAGAUCAUUAAGUACAACUCCAGUGCCGAAGGUGAUUGUGGGAGCAAUGACUCAAACUGACUGACCGUAACUGUAAGCUGAAUGUAUUGCAUUUAAACAACACCUAUAUGAUGGAGUUUGAAAGCACUUUUCCUCUAUUUGGAGUUCUGAUUGUUACUCGAUGAUGGACGGCGGACAGGCGCCGGGGACUUUCACACCUGACUGUGUAUCUUUUGCCAACACCUGAGAGGAACAAACAUGAUUUGUCUGAUGAAAUCUCGGGGCUUAUCAGACGGCAGCAGUGCUAUGGGGAUCAGAAAGGGAGCAAAAAAACAUCACUCCAAACCCAUUUUCAUCCUCCUCCUGCUCAUUUUCACGCCGAGGGUGGAUUCAUCAUGGUGGUAUAUCGGAGCGUUGGGGGCUCGGGUGAUAUGUAACAACAUUCCUGGUCUGGUGAGCAAGCAGCGGCAGCUCUGCCAGCAGCACCCGGACCUCAUGCAGUCCAUUAGCAAAGGAGCCAAAGAGUGGAUCAAGGAGUGCCAGCACCAGUUCCGACACCACCGCUGGAACUGCAGCACGCUGGACAGGGACCACACUGUUUUUGGCAGAGUGAUGCUGCGAAGCAGUCGAGAGGCAGCAUUUGUGUAUGCCAUCUCUUCAGCUGGUGUGGUCUACGCCAUCACCAGGGCCUGCAGUGAGGGAGAGCUUAAGAUCUGCAACUGCGACAGUCACAAGCGUGGCCAGGCCAGCGAUGACAGGGGCAGUUUUGACUGGGGUGGCUGUAGCGACAACAUCAACUAUGGCAUAAAAUUUGCCAAAGCUUUUGUAGAUGCUCGAGAGAGGAUGGUGAAAGAUGCUCAAGCACUGAUGAACCUGCACAACAACAGAUGUGGUCGGAUGGCAGUGAAGCGCUUUAUGAAGCUGGAGUGCAAGUGUCACGGGGUCAGUGGUUCCUGUUCUCUGAGAACCUGUUGGCUGGCUAUGUCUGACUUCAGGCGAACUGGAGACUAUCUUCGUAAGAAGUACAAUACAGCCAUCGAGGUGACAAUGAACCAGGAUGGGACUGGCUUCAUGGUGGCCGACAAGGACUUCAGGAGAAGCACCAAGAAUGAAUUAGUCUAUGUUGAGAACUCUCCAGAUUACUGUCUCAUGGACCGUGCAGCAGGCUCCUUGGGAACAGCUGGCAGAGUGUGCAACAAGUCUUCAAGAGGUACAGAUGGUUGUGAAGUCAUGUGCUGCGGACGAGGCUACGACACCAUGCGUGUCAAACGGGUCUCCAAGUGUGAGUGCAAGUUCAAGUGGUGCUGUGCUGUGGAGUGUAAAGACUGUGAGGACGUUGUGGACGUUCACACCUGCAAGCCUCACAAGCGACCUGAUUGGCUGGACACAACCUAGCAAGGAGAUCUGGCCAAACUCAGGAGCAACUGACUCAAUAACCUCUGCUCUUAUGACUUCCUUUAAGGGGAAUCUCGUGACUGUUAUACCUCAGCUUGUGAUAUUUUAGCAAUUCGUGACACAGACACUUUCACAAACCCUGAUUGGAUGAUGAUAAACCAUACAUUUAGUCCAGUUACAGACCAUGUAUAGUUUUUAACAGCAAUUUUUCAAGCAUUUAUAAAACUGACUAAAUCUUUGAUGUGUAAUGGUUGAUUAUAUUAUAUGCUUUUGUAAAUGUACCCUUUAUUAAGGCCAAUAUGAGAUGCCUGUCCGUCUUACAGUAUACAACUGUGUGAGCAAAAGGAAUGAGAGAAACGACCAUAACAGUACCAUUUAGUCUAAAACAAGAGCAAGAGAAGCAUCAACAUUGGAUUACUGGGAAGGACUAGAUGUUUUUUUGUAUGGUACUGCAAUAAAUCACUUAAAAUACAAUAAAAAA